UGCCAUAAAUGCGUAGAUCUUCGAACCGAACUGGUCGCCAUUUCUACAGAUCGAGUUGAUUCGUGAAGUUGUGUACUGUUCCUCGUUGUGAGAUUAUUUGCUAAACGUAUAAUAAUUGCGAGAUUGUGUUAGUAGCAAUUUGUUGAAAACAUUCGUCUCAUCUACCAAAAUAGUUGAAGAGAUAAAAAGGAAGAAAAAAACACGUUCAUUCCUGUCAACUUACAUUUUUUUCAACGUCUAGAUAUUUUCGUGAAAAAAGAUAAUAAUGGGGAAUCAUCACGGCCGAUACACAUCAGAUUCAAGUUUCGAGGAACCGUACGAUCCGUUUCGCGAUAGCGAAGACAAUAGCGAAGAGGACCGCGACAGGCCUCCUCCUGAACCGAAAAUAGAGAGUUAUAAUCAACCUUCAUUAACGUACCAAAAAGGCGAAGCAGACGGGCGUGAUGUCGAAAUUCAUAGGGCCAGCUACACACAAACCAAUUAUGUAUUGAAAAGUAGGUCCCAUUGGACAAUAUCACAGUUUGGCUAUUCAGAUGUAGUUAAAAAAGAAAAUGGUAGUAUACGCUCUGAUGUUAUUUCAAUUGGUGGAGAAAAUCAGUUCCAAUAUUUCUUUGUUAUGGAUAAAAUAGAACUCAAAGAUGAUAUACAUUAUGGCCUUUACAUUAAUGUGUUGAGCAACAUUCGUUCAGAAGCCACUUACAAAAUUAGAAGUUUUAUAAGAAAUCAUAAAGCUCAUAAGGUAGGAUUAACGUCUUCGAGACAUACCAAAUUUCCUCGUAAAAAUGGCUACAAAUUCCUGGGCUCUAUGGACCACUCAACUCUAUACGAAGAGGAUUCAGAUUAUUCCGAGGGGGGCUACUUUUCACUGUCACUUGUUCCAGAAGGAGACAUGACACUACUUUUUAAAAUAGAAGUGUCUUUUAACAGUAGAAUUACUAAUGAAUUGCGCAGUUUGGUUGAAAAAAAUAAAAAUGAAAACGUUACAUUAGUAGUAGGAAAAAAAGAAUUUAAAGCUAAUGAGAAAAUUAUCCAAGAAAGAUGUCCUAAACUAGCUGAAAUGAUAACCAAGAAAAAGAAAGGCAAAUCUCCAAUCACUGGUGUCGAUCCAGAAAUAAUGGAACAGAUUAUGCAGUACAUUUAUACUAAUCGAGUUACAAAACUAUUCACUCAUGGACGAGAACUUGAAAAAGCAGCAAAAAAGUUUGGUCUCAAAGAUCUUCAGCAAAUGUGCAAGAAAGCUAAUGCUUGUUCUGCUGUCUCUUAUAAAGAGGACUAAUUAAAUCUCUUCUCUUUACUUUUCCUUAUCAUAAUUUUACUACAGAGACUUUGUGUAUUUCAGCACUUUAAAGCAUUUUUUUUUGUAUUAUUGAUGUUUAAUAAUAUUGUGUUAUUAGUUAAAACUUUGUCAAAGUUUAUGUAACAAAACUUAUUAAUAUGCAUGUUGGCGUAUUAAUUGUAUGUUGUAGCUUAACAAUGAUGUUAUUAAAAGCUAUUUUUGUGUGAAAAAAA